AUGACAGGUGAAGCUGCAGCCCAUGUUGGAGCCGAGUUCCAAGUGGAAGUAGAUACGCUUGGGAACAUCAUCAGUGACAGUAGUGAUGGUAAUGAUGAUGAUGCCAGAGUUAAAGAUAUCGAUCUGGUUGAACCUAGACAUAGUAUUAAAGACUUGCCACCGGAGUUGUUGGUACAGAUAUUUUCCCAAUUGGAAGUGAACCAAGUUCUUCAACUACGAACUGUAUGCAAGCAGUGGAACGGAGCCAUUAUGAACCGAGAGUGCUGGGAGAUGAUCUUUGCUAAGAAGUUUGGUACUCGCAAUGGAAACGGGUACCCUCUGGUAUCCAAUAGUGGGACUUAUGCAAUAGAGUAUUUUAAACGGGUGGAGACUAUGAAGAAAUGGCGGAACUCAAACUUGAAGAAUGCUUCGUAUACCAUUGAUAUUAGUAGCAGUGGGCGAACACCAAUGGCUACCAGUGAUACUAAGUUUGCUGAUCAAGUGUUAGCUGAUUUUGUUGAUAACAAGUACUUGGUGCUUAUGAAUGGGGUAUUGAAUAAAUGUAGAUUGAGUGAUGGACGGCAUCUCUAUACUCUGAAGUAUGGAGAUUAUUAUCAGAUAUUUUGCUUAACCUGGCGAUACUUUGUUUUCACUUCUGACAACCAACUGGUAUACGUACGAGAUUUGAAGCUGGGCUUACGCAAUCCUGUGCAUGUUAUUAAACAUGGUCAAUUGGAGCUGCUGAUCUCUUGUAUUGCAGUUAAUGAAGAUAUUAUUUCCUCCAAGAAGCCCUGGGUCAUAGUGGUGGGUACAGACAAUGGGAGUUUGUCAUUUUGGACUCUUGAAGGGAUCAAAAGCCAUCAAUAUUUUGUUUCUGGUUGUAAAAUAAGGAAGUUGGCAUCCACUAAGAAUUCACAAUACAUUUACAUUGUCACUAACAUCUCUGUAUGUGUUUAUGAUGUUUUAAACCAUUCAAUUGUUAGUGAGGUUGACAUAGACAUAGAUUUUGGUACGACUCCGACAAUGACUCUGCUAAAUGAAGAAGGUUCCUGUACCGGGUUCGAUAUUGAUUGGGACGGACGUAAUGUGGUUCUUUGGGAAGAUGGCUAUAUCCGAGUAGUUGAUUUCCUGGACUUUAGCCAUCCUCGUAUACGACUGCGGGACAUUAAAAGGGCAAGGAAGAUACUUCUUGGGAAAUUACAAGCACAUGUACCGAAGGGAAGGAUGUACGAUAAAACAAGAUUAGGAGGUGAUGGACUCUUCUACGCUAAUGUUCUUGAUGAUCUGACGGUUGUUUUAUGGAAUGUUAGAGACAGUAAGCAUACGCAUAUUGAAUGGCAAUGUGAGAUUAAGCCGAGUCCAAAAAUGUGGAAUUUGCAACAUUCAACCAGUUCCAGACUUAUAUUUGGAUUGGAUUUGAAUAGUUUGGUUGUUGUGCUUGGUAUGGGAGAUGGGAAUACUUUGGUGUAUUCAGCAUUAAGCGGGAGAUAUUUAAGCCAAAGCACACUGACUCCGUCCAAACGGAGUUAUGAACGAAUCCCGGAUGUGUUCCCUGAUAUAAAACUAAACCCCGUUCAAACAGAAGCUGAAGGAAUAGUUAUGUUCCGGGGCCAUGUGGAACGAUUUACUUAUGAGCUGUCUAAACGACAAUCUGGUCGUCCCAAGAAAAGCACUAACAAUAUCAAUAAUAAUAAUUACUACAAAAAUCCAUUGAAUGUUAAGUCGGAAUUGAAAGAGUUUAAACAGUACCAAACCGAACGAUCACUUGAUUCUGAGCGUAUUCAUGAAUUCAAUGGUGAUUUCCUGGAUGGUGAGAAUGAAAUAUCGUUGGCAUUAGCCAUUAAAGAGUCCACUGAAGAUCAUGAGAUGGAAUUGGCAUUGAAAGAGUCGUUGAAGGAACAAAGUGAAUUGGAAUUGGCAUUGAAGGAAUCAAUGGGUGCGGGUAAGGAGAAUGAGCAAGUGGAUGAAGAACUCUGGAGAGUUCUCCAAUUGUCACUAACAGAUCAAUGA